AUGGUGUUCCUGUUUUGGAUUUGACGUCUCUCUUCCUCCCAAAUCUGACUGAGAUGUCUUCAGUCCAUAGAAACUUAGAUCCUGCCGUAUACAAUGAUGUUAAGAAAACAUUUGACAGUUGCACCAUUGCUGAUACUUGUGAUGAGUGUCUUCAGAGGACAUACCCUCACAUGUCAUCCAACAGAGUAUCGGAUGGGGGGUCGUUGCUGUCCUAAGUGUCCUGCUGGAAGUCAAGUUAGAAAAGAUUGCACAGGGUUCAGAAGUACUUGCUGUCUGGAUUGCGACAAGGGAACAUUCAUGGAUCAGCCUACGGAUUUUAUGAGCUGUUUUCCCUGUUCACGCUGUGAUUCAGGUUCUGGUUUAAAGAUAAAGACAGCAUGUAUGACUACCUCAGAUACAGUUUGUGAACCACUGGAGGGAUUCUACUGUACGGACUCUUCAGAUAAAGGCUGUGUGGAAGCACAGAAACACAGAAGCUGUCAACCAGGACAAUAUAUCCGGCAAAAAGGAACAGCAUUAAAGGACACUGAGUGCUCUGACUGCAGAGAUGGAACAUUUUCAGAUGGGACAUUAUUGACAUCGUGUCAGCCACACACACAAUGUCAACAUCAGCUGAUAAAACCAGGAACUGCUUCAACGGAUGCUGAAUGUGGAGAACAAAGUUCAGGAGCUGUGAUUGUCAUCGUGGUGCCUGUGAUAUGUUUAGUGGUGGCUGGAAUAUCUCUACUUGUCGUGUUGAUUCUCAGAAAGAAGGGACGAUGUAAAUACACAGUAAAAAGGAAUGCAGACAAUCAACAACAGUACUUCAAAAAGAAUAAACAUCCACAUGAAGAAGAACAGCUGGGAGUGGCUGUGAUAAAUGAACACAGAGACAGUUCAUCGGACACUGCAGAGGAAAGUUCCAGGUUAAAUUAAAUCCAGUUGGAUGCUGGCACAUUGUAAGUUGUACAGAAAUGAAUCAGUCCAAGGUGAAUUUUGGGCCCUGUGCUC